GGCUGGGAUUCUGUGAUUCUAUGGCCAGGAGAUGGUCUCAGGUGUCUGGGACAUGGUCUCGUUGGACCAGGAGAUGGUUCUAAGGACAAGGAGAAGGUUUUGGGUGGCUAAGAGGAGCCCAUCCUGCCUGUGCUGCAGCCCAAUCUGCUGAGGCUCUGUGCCAUGCGGCCUUCCUGCAGGGACCUGGGAUGGGACUGCACAGGGUCCAUGGGGGAGGAUGUCACAAGUGCCAUGGGGAUCUGUGUGGGGGGGACAUCGCGUGUGCCCUCCAUCUAUGGGGUGCAGCAGCCUCCUCGAGGAUGAGGCCAUUGAGCACCUCAGUCAGCAGGGGCCAGGACCAGGGUCUGCUGUGUCUGGGGGGAUGUGGGUGCCCCCAUGGCCACCGCUCACCCUGCUCAUCCCUGCUCUCCCCCCACAGCCUCACAGCACCAGGAUGAACGGGACAGCCAACGUCAACCCUGCCGCCCGCAGCCACUUCACCUCCGCCAUCCCGGUGCCCCGUGCUAUGGCCCACGGCAAACCACACACUGCGGCCCCCCCCAGCACCACGGGGCCCCCCGUGUCCCCCAGGGCUCUGUCCCCCCAGCCACCCCCCGGCCCCAGGACCCUCAAGCCCAAAGGCAGAGCUGCUGAGGGCAGUGGGGGCAGCCCCAGUGUCCCCCACCGUGGGGGGCAGAAGGUCCCAGCAAAACCUCUGGUGCCCCCCGGGAAGUGGCCAGAAGCAGGGGGCAGUGGGAGGAGAGGGGCAGGCAGGGCAAGGGAGCCCCCUGAGCUGCCCAAAGCUUCCCCAGCACAGGGCAGGGCUGGGGGGAAGUUGGGGGGCGGCCCUGGGAAGGGCAGUGGGGUGACCAUGGCAGGGAUGGGGGAUGAGCCCCACAGCAGCUCACAGGGCAGGGGUCCUGUAUUUGGGUCGGGGGCCAUCACCUUCUCCUCGGGUACCCCACACAAUCACCCUGUCACUGCCACCGUGGCACCCUUCCAGUACCGGCUGCAGGAGCACCGGGAGGGUGACGAGUGCCCUGGACCUGACCCCGACCCCAAACCCGGAGGCCCGACAGCAGCCGGUGGGUUAAAUGGUUGCAGCGCGGGGAUGCUGGGGAGCAACCUCAAGAACCUUCCCGACGUGGAGCUGGGCGAGGAGGAACGCGGCUACCGGCGGGGUCCCGACGGCGGCUCGGUGAUGCCGAAGCGGGCGAAGGCGGCGGCGGCACCGGCGGCGGCACCGGCGGGGCCGCGGGGAGCGGAGCUGCGCGUCUUCAAGGCGAGCAGCGCGGAGGGGCGGCUGCCGGCCGGCUCCAACCUGCGCAAGCAGAAGUCGCUCACCAACCUGGCCUUCCUCACCGACGCCGAGAAGAAGCGGCAGCUCUACGAGCCCCGCUGGAGCGACGACAUGGCCAAGGCGGCCGCACCGGGGGCGGCGGCGGCGGCGGCGGGGGGCGGCCGGGGCGGCGGCGGUCCCCGGGGCCGGGAUGCGCCCGCCAUGUCGCGGAGCUUGUCCCGGUCCGAGCACUCGCUGCUAUCGCCGCGCCCCACCGGCCCCAGCAAGCCCCCGGCCGCCGGUAAACCGAGCCGCAUCCCCCGCGGGCCCUACGCGGAGGUGAAGCCCCUGAGCAAGGCCCCCGAGGCGGGCGGUGGCAAGUGCGAUGAUGAGCUGCUGGGAGGGAAGGGGCCGGCGGUGGCGGCGGCCGCCGAGGAGAAGCCGUACCUGAAGGUGGACCCCGAGCUGGUGGUCACGGUGCUGGGCGACCUGGAGCAGCUCCUCUUCAGCCAGAUGUUGGACCCCGAAUCCCAGAGGAAGAGGACGGUGCAGAACGUGCUGGACCUUCGGCAGAACCUGGAGGAGACCAUGUCCAGCCUGAGGGGCUCUCAGGUAUCCCACAGCUCCCUGGAGAUGACCUGCUACGACAGCGACGAGGCCAACGCGCGCAGCGUCUCCAGCCUGUCCAACCGCUCCUCGCCGCUCUCCUGGCGCUAUGGGCAGUCGAGCCCGCGCCUGCAGGCCGGAGACGCGCCGUCGGUGGGGGGCACGUGCCGCUCUGAGGGCACCCCGGGCUGGUACAUGCACGGCGAGCGGGCGCACUACUCGCACACCAUGCCCAUGCGCAGCCCCAGCAAGCUGAGCCACAUCUCCCGCCUGGAGCUGGUCGAGGCACUGGACACCGAUGAUGUGGAGCUGAAGUCGGGAUACAUGAGCGACAGUGACCUGAUGGGGAAGACACUGACAGAGGAUGAGGACAUCACCACGGGCUGGGACGAGAGCAGCUCCAUCAGCAGCGGCCUCAGCGAUGCCUCUGACAACCUCAGCUCGGAGGAGUUCAACGCCAGCUCCUCGCUCAACUCCCUGCCCUCCACCCCGACUGCCUCGCGCAGGAACUCGGCCAUAGCGCUACGCACGGACUCGGAGAAGCGGUCGCUGGCUGAGAGUGGGCUGAGCUGGUACUGUGAGGGUGAGGACAAGGCACCCAAGAAGCUGGACUACGACAGCAGCAGCCUCAAGAUGGAGCACGGAUCCUCCAAGUGGCGACGGGAGCCCUCGGAGGGGGGCGAGGAGGGGUCCAAGGGGGGGGAGCUGAAGAAGCCGGUCAGCCUGGGCACUGCAGGCUCCCUCAAGAAGGGCAAGACCCCUCCGGUGGCUGUGACCUCUCCCAUCACACACACAGCGCAGAGCACCCUCAAAGUAGCAGGAAAGCCUGAGACCAAAGCCACGGACAAGAGCAAGCUGUCUGUGAAGAGCACAGGCCUGCAGCGUUCCUCCUCUGAUGCCGGCCGUGACCGCGCUGCUGAUGCCAAGAAACCACCCUCGGGUCUCACGCGCCCCUCGGCCUCCAGCUCCUUUGGCUACAAGAAACCAGCUCCUGCCACUGGCACAGCCACCGUCAUGCAGGCUGGGGGCUCGGCCACACUCGGCAAGAUCCAGAAGAGCUCCAGCAUCCCCGUCAAGCCGGUCAGCGGGAGGAAAACCAGCCUGGAUGUCUCCAACGCAGCCGAGCCUGGUUUCCUGGCCCCGGGUGCUCGGUCCAACAUCCAGUACCGCAGCCUGCCCCGGCCGGCCAAGUCCAGCUCCAUGAGUGUGACCGGUGGCCGCGGUGCCAACCGCCCGGUCAGCAGCAGCAUCGAUCCCAGCCUGCUGAGCACCAAGCAGGGCAGCAUCUCAGUGUCACGGCUCAAGGAGCCGUCCAAGGUUGGCACCGGCCGUGGCACCCCAGCACCCGUGAACCAGACGGACCGCGAGAAGGAGAAGGCCAAGGCCAAGGCAGUGGCGCUGGACUCUGAGUGUGGGACCGUGAAGAGCGGUGGCUCACCUGAGAGCACCCCGAAAGCACAGAGCAACCUCCCACCUGCGGCCAAGGUGGCCGAGCUGCCCCCCACCCCUCUCAGAGCAGCUGCCAAGACCUAUGUGAAGCCUCCCUCGUUGGCCAACUUGGACAAGGUCAACUCCAACAGCCUGGACUUGCCCUCCUCCAGCGAGCUGCCACCACCGCACUCAGCCAAGCUGCAGGACCUGCACCCGGGCAGCGGGCACCUUGCGCCCUGCUUCAGCCCCAGUCCUGCCCCCAUCCUCAACAUCAACUCGGCCAGCUUCUCCCAGGGCCUGGAGCUCAUGGGUGGCUUCAGCGUCCCCAAGGAGGGCAGGAUGUACCCCAAGCUCUCCGGCCUGCACCGCAGCAUGGAAUCCCUGCAGAUGCCCAUGAGCCUGCCCAGUGCCUUCUCCGGGGGCAGCACCACCACCCCAGCCCCUGCUGCUGCUCCCCCUGCCAGCACGGAGGAGGAGGAAGAGGCAGGAGAGCUGGGCUGGAGCGGGAGCCCCCGGCUCGCACAUCUGGACAGUGCCAACCGCGACAGGAACACGCUGCCCAAGAAAGGGUUGAGGUACCAGCUCCACUCCCAGGAGGAGGCCAAGGAGCGGCGCCAUUCCCAUGCCAUCAGCAGCGGGCUGCCCGAGGCAGACGAUCAGCAGGAGCUGCCCUCGCCCCCAUCCCUCCCCAUGGCACUGGUUGGGAAGGGGCCGCUCACCAGCAUCGUGAGCCCCACUGCCACCGCAACCCCGCGGAUCACCCGCUCCAACAGCAUCCCUACCCACGACUCCACCUUCGAGCUGUACAGCACAUCCCAGAUGGGCAGCACCCUCUCCCUGGCUGACAAGCCCAAGGGCAUGAUCCGCUCGGGCUCCUUCCGGGACCCUGUGGAUGAUGUUCACGGAUCGGUGCUGUCCCUGGCCUCCAGCGCGUCCUCCACCUACUCCUCUGCUGAGGAGAAGAUGCAGUCCGAGCAAAUCCGCAAGCUGCGCCGCGAGCUCGAGUCCUCGCAGGAGAAGGUGGCAACGCUCACGUCCCAGCUCUCUGCCAACGCCAACCUGGUAGCGGCUUUUGAGCAGAGCCUGGUGAGCAUGACAUCCCGCCUGCGGCACUUGGCUGAGACCGCCGAGGAGAAGGACACGGAGCUGCUGGACCUGCGGGAGACCAUUGACUUCCUGAAGAAGAAGAACUCAGAGGCCCAAGCUGUGAUCCAGGGUGCCCUGAAUGGCACUGAUGUCACCCCCAAAGAGCUGCGGAUCAAGCGGCAGAACUCCUCUGACAGCAUCUCCAGCCUCAACAGCAUCACCAGCCACUCCAGCAUCGGCAGCAGCAAGGACGCCGAUGCCAAGAAGAAGAAGAAGAAGAGCUGGCUGCGCAGCUCCUUCAACAAAGCCUUCAGCAUCAAGAAAGGACCAAAAUCAGCCUCGUCCUACUCGGACAUCGAGGAGAUCGCCACGCCGGACUCGUCAGCCCCUUCCUCCCCCAAGCUGCAGCACGGCUCCACGGAGACCGCAUCACCCUCCAUCAAAUCCUCCACAUCCUCCUCCGUGGGCAUCGACACUGCAGAGUACGUGGGGCCGGGCAGGGUUGGUGCCAGGGGCUGCAGGCUCCUGCCUGGAUGUGUGCAUGACUCUGUCUCCUCAUGGCCCAGGCUCUUCCAGGCCCAUGGGGAGGGCGAGCCCGAGAAGAAGGAGGUGUCGGAGCUGCGGUCGGAGCUGUGGGAGAAGGAGAUGAAGCUGACGGACAUCCGCCUGGAAGCCCUCAACUCAGCCCAUCAGCUGGAGCAGCUCCGGGAGACCAUGCACAACAUGCAGCUGGAGGUGGAUCUCCUGAAGGCUGAGAACGACCGGCUCAAAGUGGCCCCAGGGCCCUCAGCGGUGCCAGGCUCCAUUCCCGGCCACGUCACCAGCUCAUCGGCCUCCUCCUCACCGCGGCGUUCCCUGGGUCUCACCCUUGGCCAUGCCCUCAGUCCCAGCAUGGGGGACUCAGAUGUGUCCCCCAUGGACGCCGUCAGCGCCGGCACCCAGAAGGACGAGCUGAUGCUGCGGAUCGUGGUGCGCAUGCCACCCCAGCACAUCAUCAAGGGGGACCUCAAGCAGCAGGAGUUUUUCCUGGGCUGGACCAAGGUGAGCGGGAAGGUGGACUGGAAGAUGCUGGAUGAGGCUGUCUGCCAGGUCUUCAAGGAUUACAUCACCAAGAUGGAUCCUGCUUCCACGCUGGGGCUCAGCACCGAGUCUGUCUAUGGGUACAGCAUCAGCCACAUCAAGCGGGUGCUGGACACGGAGCCACCAGAGCUGCCGCUGUGCCGCCGGGGCCUGACCAGCAUCGUGGUGACGCUCAAGGGCUUGAAGGAGAAGUGUGUGGACAGCCUGGUGUUCGAGACACUCAUCCCCAAGCCCAUGAUGCAGCAUUACAUCAGCCUCCUGCUCAAGCACCGGCGGCUCAUCCUCUCGGGCCCCAGCGGCACCGGCAAGACCUACCUGACCAACCGCCUGGCUGAGUACCUGGUGGAGCGCUCGGGUCGGGAUGUCACCGAGGGCAUCGUCAGCACCUUCAACAUGCACCAGCAGUCCUGCAAGGACCUGCAGCUGUACCUCUCCAACCUGGCCAACCAGAUCGACCGGGAGACGGGCACAGCGGAUGUGCCGCUGGUGAUCCUCCUGGAUGACCUCAGUGAGGCAGGCUCCAUCAGUGAGCUCGUCAAUGGCGCACUCACCUGCAAGUACCACAAAUGCCCCUACAUUAUUGGGACCACCAACCAGCCUGUGAAGAUGACUCCAAACCAUGGCCUCCAUCUCAGCUUCAGGAUGCUGACCUUCUCCAACAACGUGGAGCCGGCCAACGGCUUCCUGGUGCGCUACCUGCGGCGGAAGCUGCUGGAGUCGGACACGGAUGUCAAUGCCAACAAGGAGGAGCUGCUGCGUGUGCUGGACUGGGUGCCCAAGCUCUGGUACCACUUACACACCUUCCUGGAGAAGCACAGCACCUCCGACUUCCUCAUUGGUCCCUGCUUCUUCCUGUCGUGCCCCAUUGGAAUUGAGGAUUUCCGGACCUGGUUCAUCGACCUGUGGAACAACUCCAUCAUCCCUUACCUGCAGGAGGGAGCAAAAGAUGGGCUCAAGGUCCAUGGGCAGAAGGCAGCCUGGGAGGACCCCGUGGAGUGGGUGCGGGACACCCUGCCCUGGCCAUCAGCGCAGCAGGACCAGUCCAAGCUGUACCACCUGCCCCCCCCCACCAUCGGGCCCCACAGCACCGUUUCCCCUCCCGAGGAGCGCACUGUCAAGGACACGACGCCCAGCUCCCUGGACUCGGACCCUCUGAUGGCCAUGCUGCUGAAGCUCCAGGAAGCCGCCAACUACAUCGAGUCUCCAGACCGUGAGACCAUGGUGGACCCCGACCUGCAAUCGACUCUGUGAGGCCCGGACGUGCCGGUCCCCGCUCCCACCGGGCUGCUCCCCCUUCCCUUUGGUGUGCGGUGGAGCUGGGUCCGGCCGGCGCGAGGAGCAUCCCUGCUCCCGGCCCGGGGGCAGGAGGAUCCUGGUUUCUCAUUGGGUUUGUUCUGUCUCUCCCCUGCUCUUGGCUCCGGGGCCGGGAGCUGCAGGGAGGGCUCCGUGUGGGGCAGGCCCCCCGCAGGAGCUGGAGCUGGGGCGCAGGGCAGCGUGCGGCCACAGGACAAGGAGUCAGGGGCUCCCGCUCCCUCCGCCUGGCUCCGGGUAGCCGAGGGCAGGCGCCGCAUCCGUGCCCCGUUUCACCCCCCAUGGCGCUGCCACGGCCAGGGCAGCCCAAGAAACCCUGCUCUGGUUAUUUUAUUUGGUGUCCCCCCCCAUCCCAUCCCAUCCCAUCUUCCUUUGGCCGAGUCCAGACUUUGCUUUGGUCCCUUUUUUGUUCUGGUUCUUUGCUCUCCCGGCCUGGAGCCUGUGGCUCAGUGCCCGUUGCUUCCCCGUAAGCAGCUCCCUUUCCCUUUGGAUUCUUUUACAGCUACCGGUUCCACUACUCAAACCACCUCUGUCACAAAACUGGUGCUCACUGGACAAUCUCCAGUCCCUGAACCCACCUCCCGGGGCCUCACAGCUUGGCUGAGAUGGGACAUGGCAGCCAGGGGCAGCGCGAUGCUUCCGGAGCAUCCCCUCGCCUGGUGCCUCCCUGCUCCCUAAAAGCACAAGGCAGGGUCUGGCCCUGGGGAUGGGGUCUCCCACCAGGCCAGGAUCCCAUGGGCAUCCCAUCUCCGAGGGACCUGGGGCAUGGAGUGAGUGCUGCUGUGCCCUCCCUGGGCAGCCAUGGGGGGCACAACCUGGCUGCUGUCCCCAUGGUGCUGCUAGGCUGGUGCAGUCCCUUGUGUCCCCGGCUCCCCAAGGCCCUGGCAGGGUCUCGCUGUGCCCCAUGUUAUGCUCCGGGGAUGCCACGUGUCCUCUUGGCCCUGCCGUGCAGUGUCACAGGAGGCGCCUGGCACGGAGGGGAUCAGCCCCGGUGCUGCCGUGGUGCCUUAAUCUCUGGCCAUGCAGGAAGGGGGCACAUGGGCUUCAGGCUGGUGCUGUUGCAGCCUGCCCUGGCUGCAGUGCCCUAUGCCUGUCCCCAAAGCUGGCUUGGCUGGGAUGGGACAGGGGUGCUUGCACUGGCCUGAGCACAGCUAAGCUGGAGCUGCUGCCUUCAGCUCAUCGCUCGCCUGUCCCCAAGAGGAUGCUCUGCUGUGCCAGCACCUCCAUCCCUUAGCCCAGUGCAGCUCUGCAUCCCCCUGCUCCUCUCUGCUGCUGCCCAGCUGGGCUCCCACACCCUGCAGAGCCUUUUGGGGAGAGGUGACCCCAGGGCUGCUUCUCCAAGCCCAUCCUUUCCCUGCGCCCUGCCAGGCUGGGCACGGGGCAUCCUCAGCCCCCCCUGGACCCCAUCCAAACCCCAGCAUCUCCUCCACGGCCCGGCCUUGCUGCCGGUGGCAGCCACCACCUCUGCCCUUGGUGCUCUCGGCCGGGGCGCCUCACCACGCGCCCCAUGGUGCUCACUUGUCCGUCUGUCCGGCAGCCUCCCCGUGCUGCCCGGGGCCAUCAGCCCGGCCCCUUGCACAGGGGUGUCCUCCCCACGCUGGCUUGGACGCUUGGGUUCUCUGUUUGCCUUCUCUUGUGUUGCCGCUGUGGGCUAAGGACUCGCUGUAAAUAGGUCUGUAGUCACAAGCCCUGUGUGAGCUGGUGGGGCCCAGCCCUGCGCCUCUUUCCUCCUCUGGUUUGGGUUGAUUUCAUUUUGUACUCUGUGAUAACUGUGCUGUGCUGACUUCUGUUCUGAUUGUACGAGGCACCGGCUCAGCCGUCGCUCGAGGCUGGCGCUGAGCACCCGGCUCUCCCCUCCAGCCCCUCUCGCCCUGCGCAGGGUAGGAAAGGGCAUGGAAAGCCUUUGAAUGGGGCAGAAAAGCCUUUGGGGCUGCCCCGUCCUUGGGCAGGGCCAUGCCCUGAGGGUCUCAUCAGGGGAGAGCCCCACUUUAUUUUCUGACACCUCCGAAAAGCCACAACCACAUGGACCAAACUGUCCCCAUCACUGGCUCACUUGGGGCUGCGCUGCUGGAUGUCCCUCAGCCCCUCUCCUGCAGGUUUGACCCAUCCUUCCCAGAGGCUGUGGCACAGGAGCAGUCCCCAAGGGGCAGGGAAGGGUGAGGGCAAUGCUGCUGUGCCCCCAUGGAUUCCUUUGCCUCACCCUGUGUCCCCCAAUGCAGCAAUUGGGGACUAAGCAUCCCUUGCUGCUGCCCCAUCUAUGGGCUGAGCCCCUUUGUCCCCAGGGGGACAUGUCCAAGGGUUGCACCAACUCAUCCCACUGCCAGCCCCGAAGGUGCCUGUUGUCCCCAGGGGUGGUGCCUGUCACCCCCAUAGGAGCCGGUCACCCCAAGGUGCCUGUUGCCCCAAGGGUACCCAACGUGCCCAAGGGUGCCCAUUGCUCCCAAUGGUGCCUGCUGCCCUGCAGGGUACUGCCACCUGCAAAGGUGCCCAUGGCCCCUGGGUGCACCAGGAGCCUUCCCGAGGGGCUGGAGCAGGGAGAUGCCAGCACCUCACCCUCCUGCCCCCUCGAGUUGCUGCUGCCCGGUGGCCCGAACCUUACAAUUUUAGCUUUUUUCUAUUAAAAACAACCUUUUUUUAAUUAAAUAAAAGACAAAAAGGACAAAUUCCUGUUUUAGAUGAUCUGUGUAACUGGGGUUUGUGUUUCCUAACUGCAUGGUAUUCCUGCCCAGGGGUUUUCUAGCACUUUUUAAAUUUCUCUUUAAGAUUUUGGUCCAGAUUUCUACUGCUCUCGCCUGUCUUUGCUUUCCUCUCGCAUCCUCCACCUUUGUAAACUCGCUCCAUUUUCUACCUGAUGUUGAGACCCGACCCCACGUUGUACAUAGCUGCGGGAACAAUCAUAGGGAACAAACACCAUCUGGACUCUUACCCCACCGCUCCUUCUUUUUACUUCCAAGAACCUUGCAAAGAAGUCUAAAAGGAAGCCAGGAAAAGGCUUUGAGGAUAUUCCCAAAGACAGCAACAAAUCCAGCCCUGCACCAAGUCAGCUCCUGCUGCCCACGCUGCCCGCACCAACUGGCAUGUCUCUUCUCGGUCGUCUGUCUAACACCAUUGGAUUCAAUAAAGUUGUCUCCUGUUCCACCUG